AUGUCGGGGGCAGCCCUGAGGGAGCGGCGGCGGCGGCGGCGGCGCGGUGCGGGCCGCGGAGAGGCGGCGAUGAACGCGUCGGGGCGGCUGCCGGCGGCGGGCGAGGAGGAGCCGGCGGCGGCCGCGCUGCUGCCGCUGGGCGGGAACGGCAGCGCGGGCGGCGGCGCGGCGGAGCUGCGGGGGGGCACCCACGGCGCCACGGUGGCGGCCUGCGCCUCGCUGCUGGCGCUCGUCUUCUGCCUGGGCUCGUACGGGAACCUCAUCGUGCUGCUGUCCUUCUUCGACCCGGCGCUCCGCAAAUUCCGCACCAACUUCGACUUCAUGAUCCUCAACCUCUCCUUCUGCGACCUGUUCAUCUGCGGCGUGGCCGCCCCCAUGUUCGCCUUCGUCCUCUUCUUCGACUCGGCUCGCGGCGUCCCCGGCACCUUCUGCUUCACCUUCCACCUCACCAGCUCCGGCUUCAUCAUCAUGUCGCUCAAGACGGUGGCGGUCAUCGCGCUGCACCGGCUGCGCAUGGUGCUGGGCAAGCAGCCGCACCGCGCCGCCUCCUUCCCCUGCACGCUGCUGCUCACGCUGCUGCUCUGGGCCACCAGCUUCACGCUGGCCACGCUCGCCACCCUCAAAACGCGCCGCUCCCGCCUCUGCCUGCCCAUGUCCAGCUUCGCCAGCCGCGAGGGCAAGGUCAUCCUCUACCUCUACGUCACCGACUUCAUCUGCUGCGUGGCCGUGGUGUCCGUGUCCUACGUGAUGAUCGCGCAGGCGCUGCGGCGCAACGCACGUGUGCGGCGGUGCCCGCCCGGGGACGGCUGCAGGCCACAGCCCUUCGCGGGGCCGCCGGGCACCGUGCCCGCGCUGUACCGGAACCAGGGCCACGGCCACGCCGCGCACCUCGGCCCCGCACGGCUGCAGGCGUCCGCCAUCAACCUGGCGACGGGCAAAGACUCGCGCGCAGUGGUGACGUGCGUGGUGAUCGUGCUGUCGGUGCUGGUGUGCUGCCUUCCGCUGGGCAUCUCGCUGGUGCAGGACACGCUGUCGGGCAGCGGUGGGUUUGUUCUCUACCAGUUUGAGCUGUGCGGGUUCACCCUCAUCUUCUUCAAGUCAGGGUUGAAUCCGUUCAUCUACUCCCGCAACAGCGCGGGGCUGCGGAGGCGAGUGCUCUGGUGCCUGCAGUACGUAGCGCUGGUCUUUUUCUGCUGCAAGCAGAAGACCAGGCUUCGAGCCAUGGGCAAAGGCAGCCUGGAAGUCAACAGGAACAAGUCGUCGCACCAUGAGACCAAUUCGGCGUACAUGCUGUCUCCCAAACCUCAGAAGAAGCUCGUGGACCAAGCAUGCGGCCCCAGUCACUCCAAGGAGAGCGUGCUGAGCCCCAAGGCUUCCAUCGGGCAUCAGCACUACGCGCAGAGCAGCUCGACCCCCAUGAACACCCGGAUCGAGCCCUAUUACAGCAUCUAUAACAGCAGCCCCUCGCAGGAGGUGAGCACCCCGAACAGCCUGCAGCCCGUGAACUCCACCUUCGGCUUCACCAAGUCCUACAUUGCCAUGCACUACCGCGCCAGCGACCGGGACUGCGGCAGCGCGGCGGCCCGGCACAUACCGGUGCCCUCCGUGUAGCUGGGCAAGGGGAUUGUGCUGAACUGUGCUGCUGGUAAAGGAGAACACCACUAAUGUUAAUAUCCAGUGUUUGCAUCUGAAGCGAAUGCUGGGAUAUUGCUCCGUGACUCUUUGUUUCAAAAGGGCAGUGUUUGAGAUGUGUAUUUGGAGCUGUAACAUGAGGGUGUGUUUGUUACUGAAUGAGGAAAGAGUAAGAGUUACAACUACGUGAUGCUCUGCAGCAUGAGGCAGAGUGUCUCAGAGAACAGCCUGAGGCUGCACCACAAGUAUUACCCCUUAAAUUGCAAACUUGGCCUAUUUUCAUAAAGGAAGAGCUGAGAGGAUGUUUGGUAUUUAUGAUACUCGAGUUUAAACUCUUCCCAUUGCAGGAGGUUGAAGGAAUGGUUGGUGUUUUGUAGCAAGCGUCAGUAAUAACAAAAGGCCUUUCAAUUCAGGGUGAAAUCCUGGUUCCUUUGAGGUGAAUGGCAGAAUUCCAUGAACUUCAUCUGAAGUUCAGGAUUUCAGUCCUGGCUUCCUAAAGCAGGACAAGGCAUUUUACAACCAGUGUUACAUUGCCACUGAGGAGGGACUUUGGAGGUUGGUCACACUGUAACAAGCCUCUGAAGAAUAUGUAUUAAUAUCUGAUGUACAUUUAUUUUAAGGCUGGGUGGCAUUAUGCACCCCAAAAUAAGCUAUUUGGAGAAGUAUUUUACAUCCAGUAGAAAUAUCUGUGCAAUACCUAAUGAUGGGAUUUACGUGAGGAUAAAGAUGAAUAUUGCAAUAUUAUAGUGCUGAUACACUGCGAGUAACGCGGUCACCUCUGGAAUGUCCUAAUCCAUAAGCUGUGAUGCAGACAGCAGUGCUGCUGGCUGGAGUUUUUGUGUGUAAAAGCAGGAAUUGGGGGGAUUUGGCUGUGAUAUUCCUGACAGGUAGAACUGACACCUCCACUAACGUUUUAGAACCAGAAUGACCACAGGACAGCUACGAAUCGUUAAGGUUUUCUUAAGUCUAACGUCACUUUGAUUUAAAGAUGAACAAUCCACCUACCUACAGACUCCAUCUACACAGUGAGCAAAUAAGGUUACUUCCGUAUUUUUUAUAAACCCAACCGUUUGUGUUGUGUCACUUGUGGUGGGAAUUCCUUGGGAAACUGAAUGGUUCGGAGGCAUUGAAAUUCCUGAUAGUUACUGCUUUAAGUGGCCAAAUAUUCACCUUUCGACUUCUAUGGACUUGAUCUGAGCCUUAGUAUCACCAAACUAAUCGUGCCACAGACUCUGGUGCCUCGGUGUAGGAAAAUGCCACAUUUCAGUGAUGGAAAGAAACAAACCCCAUUGCCAUGUGUGAGUCGUCACGGGUUCAGGCUCUUUGUUACUAAACUGCUUUCAAGGGUUCCUUGGAAGACAGUUGCGUUAUGAACUCUGUCCUUUGGUAACACUCUGGAUUUUAAUGAGUUUUGAAUAAUUCAAGACAGCUUUCUUCUUGCAAUAAAAUGGAUGUGAACAACUUUCUAAUACA